AGUAGAACAACGACUGGUUACGACGAGGUCUGAUCUUGCUGUGCUACAUAGAAUGUGCUAAACAGACUCUCUUCUGCUAUAUCUAAGCUCAUCUACCAAAAUGCGAAAUCUCAUUCAAACAAGCUACAAAGCUCAUGCUGUGCAGGCUCAAGACCCAAGAUGCAGUUGCUACAUGAACGAUGCAGUCAUCGUGGCAGGCAAGCAUGGGCCAGAUCUUGUGGUCGAGCAAAUCUCACCUACCUAUCAAGCACUAGGUGCUGUUUCUGCUGCAUCACUUGAACGCGAUGCAGAUGCCAUCCAUAUCCACUACCUGGAGGAGGAAGACCAGCUCUGUGUCUUUUCACGGCAAGGCGACAUCUUCCUCUUUGAGACAAAGACAGGCACUGCAGAUAUUAUUGGCAGUAUCGAUGCAGCUAUCUUGCAAGUAAGCUGGUCACCAGACGGCGACAUCAUUGCCCUAGCAACACAAGACAAACUCACCCUCCUCACACGCACCUUUGAAACACUCGCAGAAUGUAGCCUCGCAAGGAGCGACCUACGACAAUCCGCCAAUCAAGUCUCUGUUGGUUGGGGACGUGCAGAAACGCAGUUCCGUGGGAAACACGCACCGCGCGAUCCAACUCUUCCUGAACGCGUCGACGCUGGUUGUCUUGCGGAAGAGGAUGAUUUAUCUGUACAGCUAAGCUGGCGUGGCGAUGGUCAAUGGCUAGCGCAUUCCUCGGUGCAGCACGAUCGUCGAGUCAUUCGUGUGUACUCACGCGAAGGCAUUCUCGAGAGUACCUCGGAGGCGGUCGACUAUCAAACGCAGCCUCUCUCCUGGAAACCCAACGGUGCAGUGAUUGCGAGUGUGCAAAAGACGCAAGCAUUACAGCAAGUCAUCUUUUUCGAAAAGAAUGGAUUGAGACAUGGUGAAUUUACUGUGAGAAAUCAGUCAAGCAGCGUCAACGGACUCCACUGGAACGCUGACGGUACCGUCCUUGCUGUGCAGUAUGCCGAUAGCGUCGAACUGUACACUGCUUCAAAUUAUCACUACUCCCUCAAAGCCCUUCUGCCUGUUCCUCAAACGGCACAUUCGCGAUUUCAAUGGCAUCCGGAGGAACCCCUGCGCUGCCACAUUCUCGCCGACUCAGCAUGUCAUGCAAUAUCCUUCAAGUCAGACACCCUCAUUCAACAGCCAACCCUCAUCAAUGAUCUCGGACUCGUCUGCAUGAUUGACGGUGCGAAUCUGGGCUUGACGCCCAUUAAACUCGCUAACGUCCCACCUCCCAUGGCAUAUGCCACACUACCACUACAAAAAGGGACACCGCGACAUGUCUCCAUCCGGGAAGAUGCAAGCAUGAUGGCUGUUCUGUAUGCUGAUUCUGUGGAACUGUACAAGCUCAACAUCGAAGAACUCUCCCUUGGAGCCCUUGUCUCGUCGUUGCCGUUGACCUGUCCCGAGCACGUCUGGCCCUUGCAAGUCGUUUUGACAAGCACAGGUCGUGUGAUUGUCCUACUGUCUUCCUCAGAACUACUAGACCUAGGCCAAGAAAACGACACAGCCGCUCAGACAAUCUCGCUUGCUGUGCCAAGCCUGGCAAUGACAGCAGCCGGCGAUGGUUGUAUUGUACAGACAACCGAAGGCAAGCUGGAACUCUACAGCGACGCACUCACUUCCUUUGGAGCAUUCCCAGAGCCUUGUCCACGUUUUGCAGUCUCAAGCAGGCCGGAAGGUUCAAUGGCAUUCGGUCUGUCUGACGGAGGCAAGCUCUACGCACACCAGCGUCACUUGACAAGCGGUGUCACGUCUCACCUGGUACUCGGCCGACUUCUCGCGUACACAACCACAACACACCUCCACUUCAUCCACAUCACAGACUCCACCGAAACCCUACGCCUCCCAGCAGCAGAAAGCAGUGAUGAACGCUCAAGACAAAUCGAUCGCGGCUCAUUGCUCGUUUGUGCGUGUUUGACGGCAGAUUCAGUGACGCUACAAGCACCUCGCGGCAAUCUCGAGACCGUCUACCCACGACUCCUCGUCCUGGCUGGUAUACGCAAAGCCAUUGAUGCAGGCGAUUGGCGGCAUGCGUGGCAAAAAGCAAAGAUUCAUCGCAUCAAUCCAAACAUCAUGUGUGAUUAUGACUUGUUGGCGUUUUUGUCGCAGAUGGAUGAGUUUGUUGCAGCACUCGAGACUGCCUCGGAGCUCGAUAUUUUCCUGAGUGCACUCAAGGCGGAGAAUGUAUCAGAUACGAUGUAUCUCUCUACAUUUCCCACAGACACGCCCGUCCAUGCCCACACCGUGCCUGACAAAGUAUCGACAAUUUGCAACCAAAUGCUCACGCUCCUACAAGAAAAGUACAGAUCCACCCAUCUCACCAGUAUCCUAACGGCGCACCUCUCAAAACAGCCCGCGGAUCCAGACUCGGCGCUCUUAUUGGUUUCUGCAUUACGGGAGCAUGAACGGGAAGAGGCCAUCCAACACAUGUGUUUCCUCGCUGAUGCGCAUCAACUCCAUCAACGAGCAUUAGGCUUGUAUGACCUUAAAUUGGCACUCUUGCUCGCUCAGCAAAGUCAAAAAGAUCCACGCGAAUAUGUUCCAUUCCUGCAAUCCAUCCAGCGACUCACGCCGCUUCGACAAAAAUUCACGCUAGACGAUCAUCUCGAGCGGUACGGUAAAGCACUCUGCAGUCUGCUGGCCAUGACCCCAUCAACUGAAUACUGGCAAGAAGCACUACGCUACAUACGACUGCAUCAGUUAUGGGACACAUGCUUGGCUGCCCUGCGAUCAGACCGCGAACGUUACCUCAUUGCUGUUGCAGCGUAUGCUCAAGAGUUGGAGGAGCGGCGUGAUUUCAGCGAAGCCGGUGCAGCGUUUGAGCUUGUGGGUAAGCGAGCUGAAGCAUCGCAUUGCUAUACACUCUCAGGACAUUGGCAAGAAGCAUUGCAGACUGCACUGCUGGCAGACCUCGAUACGCAGACGCUUGCACAGCGACUUGCAGAUGAUCUCGUUGAACAACGACGUUUCACGGACGCAGCUGUCGUGUACCGCGAUUGGCUACAUGACCCAGACGCUGCCAUUCGUUUCUUUGGCCAGGCUUUUGAUUUCACUUCCAGCUUGCUCCUCGCUGGUUCUGCCGCUCGUAUCGAUCAACUUGUCAAGCCUACCCUGCGCGAAGGAUUCAGCCACAUCAGUGCUUUGCUCGCAGAGAUGAAGUCACAGCUUGAAGCACAAUUGCCACGUCUAGCAGAGGUCCGUCAAAAACGUCUCGACCAACCAGACGACUAUUUCGAUGGUCGAGAGGGCGGCGAGGAUGCAGAGCAGAGUGGUGCGCCGGAUAAUGUCUCGCUUGCCGGUACCGAUGCGACUUCCUCGACACAGCAUUCGAUGUUCACGCGGUACACCGAUCUCACUGGCAAAACGGGCAGUACGAGCAUGUCGAGACGUUCAGGCAAAGCCAAGCGUCGCAUGGAACGGCAGCGUGCGCGUGGUAAGAAAGGAACCAUUUGGGAGGAAGAGUACCUCGUCAACUCCAUCCGUCGUCUCAUGGAGCGACUCGAGUCGAACGUCCGUCAUGAUGCACGGAAACUCGUCAUGGGACUCGUCCGGUGUGGUAUGCUUGUUGAAGCGGGCGAGGUGCAGAAAGCGGCCGUGUCCCUUAUUCACAUGGCUCGGGAGAGCAUGGAUGCCGUGUUUGUGGGCAUCUUGACCUUGCCGCAAGAACUUCAACGCGCAAUGGGGGAACGGCCCGUCUUGCAGGCCUUUGAAGUGACAACACUCGUAGCAUCUUAAUGUCCUAUACAAAGAGAGCCU